UUUCCCUAAAUCUUUGUGUAGGAGUAUUUUUUUUCUAAUACCCAAUACACUACACCUACCUAUUGGGUUGGAUUUGAGAUUUUGUGGUGAUUUGAGGUAAAGGGGUGGGUGGGGUUUUACCCAAUCCCUGCGGGAUUAUCCCCACCAAUGCCCUGAAAAACUCAGUCCAAGCAAGCCCUAAUGUAUAGCUGUCGCAACUUGACCGUAUGGUGAAUAGCUUUGGAUGGUGACCGAUAAAUGCAGAAGCAACCCCAUCCAACCCUAACCAAGUAGGUAUCGGAUCGUCUUGGACGAGAAGGAGUAGACUCGACGCCUCGUCGGAGUCGGUCUAGCGACGCCGGGGUUCUAUAAGCCAGAUACGCGUGCUAAGAAGGCAAACGCUGUUUAAGGAGGCGAUGAAGACCUACUUCAGCGCCGUCGGCACCGCAUCGAGUGAGGAGGAUUCUCAUCACCUCCUUGAAUGCGGACCGGUGAUUGGGUUCCCUAUUCCGUUUGUUCUGCCUGAUGAGACAGGGCCUCGCCGCGCGUGCAACUGGCUGCGGCUGCUGCCCUUCCCCCGACGGGAUCCCGAGCCCAUCCGUUCCUUGAAGGCGCUGAAAGCUCAGUAUGAUGCGUCCAUCAGGCGGAAGGUGCCUCGCUCGCAACUCAGAGCUUUGCAUCACAAGAUUGUGCUGCAAUGCCUUGAGUGGUACAACUCCAAGCAUCCGGAUGAUGAGUACGAACCUGCCCCUGGCGCGCUGACCAGAUGCAGGGAAUAUAACAGCUCCCUUUUAUGGUCUCAUGGCAACUUUGUAGCUCGUCGGAAGCGCUCUGGCUGCUUCUCCUUCCUGCCCGCUCCACGAACUCUCUUCUUUUUUGAGCUCCUUGAUAGAGACGCCAAGGGUGCCAUUGAAGUUAUCACAUGCAUCCCCAUAGAUGAACCAGUUACUGAAGCCUACACUUUCCUUGGUUUUCCUCUUGGGUGGGGUACUCGUCGUCUUGGUGGAGCCGAUUGCGUUUGCAAGACAUGCUACCGUCAAUUUCAUGUUCCACAUAUUGGUCUGAAGAGGACGUGUACAUGUGGAGAUAGCAAGGUGGAGAGUGUAUGUAAAAUGUGCUACCUUGAUUCCAAUGUUCUGCAUCCAAUAAGAGGAGGAUUCGUUUUCGGCCAAGAGAGCUUUGCCAAGAUUUGUCGGUAGAGAUAAUGUGACAUGCUGGUUCAAAUUCCGCUGUAAUUUAUAUAGUUAUAAUCCUGUGAGGUCUUCGACUUUGAAUUUGGGAACUUCGGAAGUCAUACUUGUAAGUUGAUAUCUAUUUUACGGUUACCAAGUUUAAAUAUGGACCAUUGCAUGUCUCUAAUAUGUGUGC